GUAUAUUCAUAUAUUUACAUUAAUUGUGAUUAGUUACCUCUACGUGUAUAUAAACAUCUCAUUGUAUUAUAAUAAAAUCAUCACUUUCACAAUCAUCUAUAAACACUUAUAAAAAAAAAAAAAACUAUUAACAAUGGCUGGUUUGAAAGUUUUUUCCUUUGCUUUGCUCCUUAUUCUCACUUUCUCACUUAUUGAUGUUGAAGGAUAUAAUGUAGAGAAUGGUGGUUCCUUGUGUUGUAAUAACCACCCGAAAUUUGGAAAGUGCAACACAAAAAAUGACGACCAGAGAUGUAACAGUUGGUGUCUCAAUGGAUGCGACAAUGGAAAAGGCGGUUACUGCAAAUCUAUGUCUCACGGAGGACAAUGCCACUGUUAUUGUUAACUCACAAUUAAAAACAAAUAUGCAUGCGUUAAUGCGUUUGUUUGAUUACUAAGACCAUCUACAAUGUUUAGCUUUGCUUCUUAAUAAUUAUUCAAAUUAAAAUUUUGAAACAUGAUAUGUUGCUACUUUUUUCAUUCAUAAAAACCUCUUAACUAA